CGUCUCCCACCCACCCACAGAUGCUAUUAACGGAACUGCAUUCAACAUCCUGCGAUGCCAGUGGAAUACAGUUGGUCUACAUCGUACUGGAGGUCCUGAUUGCUGUGGCAUGUUGCCUUGGCAACCUGCUGGUCAUCUGGGCAGUGUGGACAUGCGGUGCCACGAGGCGGCAGCCCACCUUCCGCUUCAUCGUCUCUCUGGCGGUGGCCGACUUCCUGGUGGGGGCCGUGGCGGUCCCUCUUAGGAUUCUAGGAGAUGACCGAAUGGAAAUGUCCUUCCACGGGUGUGUGGCCUUCUGUUCCGUGGUGAUUGUUCUGAGCCAAACCUCCACCUUCUCCCAGCUUGCCAUAGCAGUGGACCGCUUCCUACGUGUGGCCAUCCCUCUCCGGUACAAGUCCACGGUGACUCCUCAGCGCUGCUGGUGGGUGGUGGCUGCAUGCUGGCUAUUCGGUGCCGUGGUGGGCUUUAUGCCACUCAUGGGCUGGAACAACCGCGCCAACUUGCCGCACACGAACCGGACUGACUGCCAGUUCCUGGACGUCAUGUCUUAUUCCUACCUGGUGAACUUUAACCUUUACACCUGCUUCGUCGUCCCCCUGCUGGUCAUGACGGUGCUCUACUGCAGCAUCUUUGCUCUCGUGCGUCGGCAACUGAGGAGCCCCAGUUUAGGAACCCAGUCCCAGUCCUACUUCAGGAAGGAGCGCAAGCUGACCCUGUCCCUGGUGCUGGUGCUGGUGCUGUUUGCAGUGGCCUGGCUCCCUAUUCAGUUGAUGAACAUGGUCACCUACUACUGGGGCACGUCUGCUGUUCCGCAUGAGGCAUUCUAUGUGGGCAUUCUCCUCUCUCAGUCGAACUCGGCCAUCAAUCCUGUCAUAUACGCCCUCAAAAUCCAGCAGAUACGCAACGCCUACAAGUUGCUAUGGAGACGGGUCGUCCUCUGCCGGGAUGAAGACGAGACGUCAUCGUCAAGGACCCCAGGAACUGAGAGCAGCAGCAAUCCAAAGAGACACGUGGAGACAAAAACGGCCGAAACACCACUUCCAGACUAAUUGUGAAUUACAUCUGUACAUCAGCCUUACUGUGAAAAAAUAACAUGUAGGAUUUACUUUUUUAUUAAUAUUACUUUAAUAAUGGACUUACAAAAUACAGUGUGUGACAAGGAGACAAAAACUGUUCAAACACCAGUGCCAGAUGAAUUGUGGCAUGCAUAUCGGUCUUGCUGUAAAAACAAUUUGCAGGAUUAAAAUAUUUUAAAGGCAGAAAUAUUUGCACAAACAUUUUUGUAAAGGCUUAGUGUAAUGUAAUGCUGUUGAAAAUGGUACAGUUAAUUUCAAGUUAAACGUUUCUGAGUAAACCUCAAAGAACUAGAACCAUGGCUGAUGGUGCAUCACUGAGAAGAAAUUGAUUGUGUGGAGGUUGUAGGCUGAACUGUUGUCUUUACAUUUUUGGUGUCUGAAAGAGUCAUUGUACACUUCCCACCUGUAGAUCUAUGCCAGAUAUCUUCCCUGCAGUGAGCAGAACCAAGAUUGAUUCAGUGUUAUUUACGGUUCGCUGUUAGGCAGACACGAUUCUAGGGACAGUUGGGGCCCCAAGCGAAAACUUGAAGGUUGAAAACAAAUUGCCACUACUGUAGAUUAAAUUUUGAGCUGUUGUUCACUAUCUAGUGGCUUGGGGGCCCCAAGUG